CUGACAUCAGCAUAACUGUACUCCAGACAGGGUUAUUUACUGACAAAUCAUCCCAAUUCCCGUCAGAGCAGCGUAAACGUCGGGUUCACGCUAAAAUGAUUGUUUGUUUCUUAUAGAAACUAGACUCAAACCCUAAUCUAACACAAACUUCCUGUUUACACACAGCUGUGUAGAAGCGUUGCUAGGGAGACAUACCCACCUCCCCAUCGUCGCGUAGAGACUUGAAAAGUUCAACAGAAAGGGAGUCAUGUCAGGGGCUUGGGACAGGCCUCUGGCGCCCCUGUCGAGCGAUCCCGGGGCUGCUCGGGAUUUGAAUGUCCUGUGGAAGUUCCUGGAGAGGACUGGGCUGCAGAGCUUUGUGGAGGAGCUGUGCGUGGAGACUCUCGGGGGGCCCCAGAGCCCCUGGAACCCUUACCCAGCCUUCAUCAACGGCCAGGGAGCAGGCUGAGAGGUACAGGCUGGCCGAGUCGACCACGGCUGAGAAAUUCCUGUCGGACGUCAGCUUCCAGACCUCACCCACUGCAGUCAGAUAUAUUGCAGGAGCGAUGGGCUGCUCUCAUGUCUGGGGCCAUCCCAGCAUUCUCCGCGCCGUCGACCCAGAGCAAAUCGAGCAGUUUGAUUGGCUGGUCGAGGACGUGACCCCUCCCCUUGCCAGUCUGAAUCACAGCAGCCCGUACACAGUCCAGGUUCUCGCGGCUCUCAGCGGCCCCUGUGUGUUCACACGUACCCUCUACCCUGCCCAGCCCCCCCUGGAGCUGCUACAGAUUUACAUCAUCGCGGGGCCCGACCCCCAGCGCGCUGCGGAGCUGUACGCAGACUGCGUCCGCAGUGAUGUCAUCCGCGCCAGCCAGCAAGGACGCCAUCGCCUGCUCAGAGUAAUUGUUCCAACAGAUACAGCAGGAGGAAGCGAGGUAUUCAGCAAGGAGGAGGUGACAGCCCGGGGCGGGGCGUUCGUGUGCAGCGUGCGGGGGGCCCUGCAGACACGCCUCCCUGUGCGAGCGCAGUGUGUGUGGAGGCUGGACCCCCCAGGGACACGAUUCCAGGGAGGGGCCAAGCUGUACAGCCUGAGUGUCAUCCAGACCGCAGAGCACUCCAGAGGGGAGAGGGUGUUGGAUUUCUCUCCGUGUCCCAUGAUCCACCUCUCCUCCAGCGUGUUCCUGCGCCGCGCCCACGCCGAGGCCUACGUGGGGAUAUUCCUGCCGAGGGAGUCGGACACGAGACAGAAGCCACCAGCACAGGCAGGGGAGUGUGUGGGGGUGAAAGGCAGACCCCUCUCCUCCGAUUGGGAUCGUGUGCUGGCUCCCAUACGAGAGGCCCUGCUUCGGAAGAUCGCAUCCCUGAGCCUCAGCCAGGAGCCCUUCGAGAGCGCCCACCUCUGCGCCCUGCUGCUUCUGCUGGAGCCGGGAGACCCCGAGACCGGGGAGCAGCCGCUGGAGCAGAUCUACAGGUUCCUCCGAAGCUCGGCGGCUCAGCUGGGAGCUCUCCGCAGUCUCACCCACACACUGAGCACCGUGCUGCAGGCAGGGAGGAGGGAGGGUGUCGAUAGAGAGAUGUUCCGCUCGCUGCUGGAGAGAGUGAGGGCGCUGAUGCUGGAUUUCCUGAGCGAUGAGGAGAACAGUUCCUCUCGGGAUUCCCUCGUCCUCAGUGACAUCAUGAAGCGAUCGCUGGAGUCCGUGUGUGACCGCCUGACCCAGUCACCUGACAGGAGCGUCCUGCGGGACCUGAGAAGAUGGUGUUCCUACAGCAGUGUGCUGGAGGCUCGGUUCGUGUCGGACUCCCUCCCCUGGGUUCCUGUCAUCAGAGAUAUCAAACAGCUGGCGAUCCAGACAGCAGGCAGCCAGAAGCAGGGACACAAGCAGCAGGAGAAGCAGGAGACUGAGAGAAGGAAUCCGGAGCGCUACACCCAGGAUCUGCUGUAUAAUGAAGAGCGCUGUAUAAACUUGUCAGAGAGAGGGACUGGGGCUGCACAGCACACAGCACUAACACAGGUAUACUGA